ACUAUGGCGGAAGGCGGCGACUGGAAAGAGCAAAUCUUGAAGGCCCUAAAACGUCGAAACAAAAAACAAACGCGAUGUUUUGUUGGUAUCAUUCAGGCCCAAAACAAAUUGUUUGAAAAUGCUGCAGUUCUUAAGGCUCAGAAUGUGCAGUUAACAGUGGAAGUAGAAAGAUUGAAAGAAGAAAACUUGACGCUGACGUUAAGAGGGGACUCUGUAGGAGGCAGUGAAAAAACUCAGGCUUUAGAACAGAAACUUUAUAAACAACAAGAAGAACUUACAGAGCUUCAUCGGAAAACAGGUCAUAACGCUCAGCAAAUCAUUGACCUUAAUAAUGCUCUACAAGAAAAGGAGAAAGAAUUACAGCAGAGGGAUUCAAAGCUUCUUGAUGCUGAAAGCAAUAUAUCUGGACUCCGGGCAGCUAUGAAAAAUUUAGAAAAAACAAUCCUGGAAUUAGGAGACACAAAUCAGGUGAUCACAGACGAACACCAAGCUCUGCAGUUAGCCUACAGUGCUCUGGAAGAGAAGUAUCGCAAACUAAGGGGCGAAAACGCAGAGCUUGUCACUCGCUGGAUGGAUCUGAAAGCCAAGGAUGCUGACAAGAUGAAUGCCGAGAAUGAUGUCUUUGUUAGGACUCAACAAGCCAAGUUACAGAGAGAGUUGGCUGAAGCUGCCAGAGAGCCUGUGAUAGUGAAGCCGACCGGGUCAAUCGGCAUCGUGCCUCUAUACCAAGCUGUUCUCGUACCAAGCAAUGCCAAGUGCAAAUUUGACGCCCACGAAGGGGAGGUAAAUGCAGUCAAAUGGAGUCCCUCUGGAAGAAUAUUUGCCACUGGGGGAGCUGACCGAAAGUUAAAAUUAUGGGAUAUUCAAAAUGGGAUUUGCGAAAAUAAGGGGAUGCUUAUGGGUAGUAAUGCAGGUAUAACAGCAUUAGAGUUUGAUUACGAGGAACACUAUAUCUUAGGCUCUUCCAAUGACUUUGCAAGCAGGGUAUGGUCUAUAGUGGACCAAAGAUUACGGCACACCCUCACAGGACACAGUGGGAAGGUGUUGGCAGCCAAGUUUUUGGGGGAUUCCACCAAAGUGGUGUCAGGAAGUCAUGACAGGACACUGAAAAUCUGGGACCUUCACAGCAAAGCCUGUGUGAAGACGAUAUUUGCCGGGUCGAGCUGCAAUGAUCUAGUCACGAUUGACAGUACAAGCGUCAUCAGUGGUCACUUUGACCGACGUAUUCGCUUCUGGGACCCCCGUGUGGAAACCAGCAGUAACGAGCUGUCAUUACAAGGGAGGGUCACCUCACUAGAUCUCACCCCAGAUAAAUUAUCACUUCUAAGCUGUACUAGAGACGACACCAUCAAAAUAAUCGACUUACGCAUGAAUCAGGUGUCAGCAACGUUUUGUGCUGAUGGUUUUAAAGUAGGCUGUGACUGGACCAGAGCUAUUUUCAGUCCAGACGGUCAGUAUGUAGUCUCAGGUUCCCAGGACGGAAGUGUUUUCAUUUGGAACGUCAGCAAAAACAAAGUGGAGAAGGUUCUUAAAGAGCAUAGUCAUGCCGUCAUCGCCUGUAGCUGGAAUCCAACAGGCUCAUCCAUCAUUACGUGUGAAAAACAACGCAAAGUCAUUUUGUGGUCAGAUUACUAACAAGGCAUCACUAGGAGGCCAGUUUCUGAUAUGUCAUGAAUGAAUAAUGAGAUGCCAUGCAAUAUCAAGACAAUUUUGCAUCCCACCUUUUUCAUGUGUCUGACUACGGCCGUACGUGGGACGGUCUUUUAGCAACCUGCGGAUGGUCAUGGGUUUCCCCCGGGCUCAAAACGGUUUUCUCCCACCAUAAUGCUGGCCAACGUCGUAUAAAUGGAAUAUUCUUGAGUACGACGUGAACAUCAAUCAAUCAUGUGACUGACUGACUGUU